AGCAGAUCCGAGCUGGGCUGGCGGCACAGGAGCCGAGAGAAGGGCAGCACAGCUGAGCGCACCCAGACGGCUGAGCAGCACCAAGCGCCGCAGGCUCGUGCAUCCGACUCCAUAUCCGACUCGUCCCCAGGAGCGCGAGAAGCCACAGCCAUGUCGACCCCGAGGGAAGUGGCGAUAGGCAUCGACCUGGGCACCACGUACUCCUGCGUGGGCGUGUUCCAGCACGGCCGCGUGGAGAUUCUCGCCAACGACCAGGGCAACCGCACCACGCCCAGCUACGUGGCCUUCACCGACACCGAGCGGCUGGUCGGAGAUGCGGCCAAGAGUCAGGCGGCCCUGAACCCGCACAACACCGUGUUCGACGCCAAGCGGCUGAUCGGGCGCAAGUUUGCGGACGCGACUGUGCAGGCGGACAUGAAGCACUGGCCCUUCCAGGUGGUGAGUGACGGCGGCAAGCCCAAGGUGCGCGUGUCCUACCGCGGGGAGGACAAGGCGUUCUACCCCGAGGAGAUCUCGUCCAUGGUGCUGAGCAAGAUGAAGGAGACGGCCGAGGCGUACCUGGGCCAGCCGGUGAGGCACGCUGUGAUCACGGUGCCCGCCUACUUCAACGACUCGCAGCGCCAGGCGACCAAAGACGCGGGUGCCAUCGCGGGGCUCAACGUGCUGAGGAUCAUCAACGAGCCCACAGCGGCCGCCAUCGCCUAUGGGCUGGACCAGAGGGGCGCCGGAGAACGCAACGUGCUCAUUUUCGACCUGGGUGGGGGCACCUUCGACGUGUCAGUCCUCACUAUUGACGCAGGUGUCUUCGAGGUGAAGGCCACAGCUGGAGACACUCACUUGGGUGGAGAGGAUUUUGACAACCGACUGGUGAGCCACUUUAUGGAGGAGUUCCGACGGAAGCACGGGAAGGACCUGAGCGGGAACAAGCGGGCCCUGCGCAGGCUUCGCACAGCCUGUGAGCGCGCCAAGCGCACCUUGUCCUCCAGCACCCAGGCCACUGUGGAGAUCGAUUCCCUGUUUGAGGGCAUGGACUUCUACACGUCCAUCACUCGAGCCCGGUUUGAGGAAUUGUGCUCAGACCUCUUCCGCAGCACCUUGGAGCCAGUGGAGAAGGCCCUGCAGGAUGCCAAACUGGACAAGGCCCACAUCCAUGACAUUGUUCUAGUGGGCGGCUCUACCCGCAUUCCCAAGGUGCAGAAGCUGCUGCAGGACUUCUUCAAUGGCAGGGAGCUGAACAAGAGCAUCAACCCGGAUGAGGCUGUGGCCUAUGGGGCUGCUGUGCAGGCAGCAGUGUUGAUGGGGGACAAAUGUGAGAAAGUGCAAGAUCUCCUGCUGCUGGAUGUGGCUCCCUUGUCCUUGGGGCUGGAGACAGCAGGUGGAGUGAUGACCACGUUGAUCCAGAGGAAUGCCACCAUCCCUACCAAGCAGACCCAGACUUUCACCACCUACUCAGACAACCAAUCUGGGGUCCUGAUCCAGGUGUAUGAAGGUGAGAGGGCCAUGACCAGGGACAACAAUCUGCUGGGGCGCUUUGAGCUCAGUGGCAUCCCUCCUGCCCCACGUGGAGUCCCCAAGAUCGAGGUGACCUUUGACAUCGAUGCCAAUGGCAUCCUGAGUGUGAUGGCCACUGACAGGAGCACAGGCAAGGCCAACAAGAUUACCAUCACCAAUGACAAGGGCCGGCUGAGCAAGGAAGAGGUGGAGAGGAUGGUGCGUGAGGCUGAGCAGUACAAGGCUGAGGAUGAGGCCCAGAGGGACAGAGUAGCUGCCAAAAACUCUCUGGAGGCCCAUGUCUUCCAUGUGAAGAGCUUCUUGCAAGAGGAAAGCCUUAGGGACAAGAUUCCUGAAGAGGACAGGUGCAAAAUACACGACAAAUGUCAGGAAGUCCUUGCCUGGCUGGAGCGCAAUCAGUUGGCAGAGAAGGAGGAGUAUGAGCAUCAGAAGAGGGAACUGGAGCAAAUCUGCCGCCCCAUCUUCUCCAGGCUCUAUGGGGGGCCUGGUGUCCCUGGGGGUAGCAGUUGUGGAGCUCAAGCCCGCCAGGGAGCCCCCAGUACUGGCCCGGUCAUUGAGGAGGUCGAUUGAAUGGCCCCUCCUGACAAGUCAGCUAUGACUGUAAGGGUUGGGCUUGUGGCCCUCUAGACUUUUGUGAUCCAGCCCUGUAACUUCAGAAAUGAGAGUGGAGGGGAAUUCCCCCCCCCCCCCACCCCAAACAUGGAGCUUUCUUCCCAGUAUGUUUUAUAACUGAGGUCUUUGUCAUUUGACUUUUUUAAAAAAUCAUCUUCUCCCACGUUAAACAAGCAGAACUAAUUACUGUUCACAUUUGUGUGGCAUGUUAACAUUUUUAUUACCUACAUUUUAUGUAUUUUGUUACUUGCAUGUAUGGAUUUUGUUGUGUGAAAUAUAGUUAUAGAUCUAAAUAAACUUUUUAAACUA